AUGAAAUCAAUAGCUAUAUUUGGCCAUGAUAGUGGCAUUCCUAUCCUUGAGGCACUUACCAACCCUGUGUUUUCAUCGAACUUUAAGUUCCCAGUCAAAGUCAUCACCAACAAAGACAUUGCCUCUAUGCCCAACGGAAACGUCCAGUACAUUAACCUUGCACUAGAGGAGAAGAAUCGGGAGCAAAUGGAGCCAAUCUUGAAAGGUAUAGAUGUCAUUGUGUCCACCAUAAAUGCUCCCCCAACAGAUAAUGGUGCGGAGUACGAUGCACUUACUCAGUUCAUAUUGGAUGCGAAACCACACUUGUACAUCCCUUCAACAUACGAGUUUGAGUUUUGGAUCUCCAACAACAAACUACCCAAAUUGCCUAACCCGGCAGAAGCACACAUUGCCAAAGUUAGAAGUGCUGGAAUUAAGACUGUCUCGAUCCAUACGGGAUUGGUUGUAGCCAAGGAAUGGAUAUCGACGUUCCGCGACCCAAUGGGGGUCGACGCAGAGAAUAAAACUGUAACGUAUAUUGGCGAAGAAGAUCUCAAAGUGUCUGUAACGGGCGCACAAGAUAUAGCCAAUGUCAUUGCAUCGCUUGCCGAAUCAAGAGACCCAGAAGACUUAUCGGACGACAUUUAUGUUGAAUCCGAUCAAGUGAGUACCAAAGACGUAGCACGCGAAUACGAAGAUAGUGCGCAUGUUACUUUGAACCAGAUUCAUAUGUCUAAAGAACAAGCAUUACUGGAGGCCAAGGCGAGGUGGGAAAAGGGUCAUUACAGCCUUCAAGAUUACCUUUUCAUGCUACACGUUAUGUGGGCUACGGGAGAUGCUGCAACGUUUAGAAGCAACGAUCGUGAAUAUGUGAAUCCCGGACAAACAUUCUGGACAUGGCAGAAGUUUGUUUGA